AUCAACAGCUUCCGGUUUUCCUCUUGACUUGACUCUCCUGUAGUUCCAGUUCGGUUUCGGCUUGAACUUCAUGUGUUAAACUCCUGACCACCCAUUUUUAGGAGAUCAUGAGGUUUGGGCGACGGACAGCGCGAAAACAGACUAUGUCCGUUUUCUCAACGUGUUGCUUGGGAUUUACAGAUUUUAAAAGUCGUCAAUUCAUUCUUUAGUUGACGUCGAAUGAGGCUAGUAGGACCGACCAACACGCAACUUUGAGCCCCAGCGCCAGUCGUUGGUGGAGCGGAGAGUCGUCUUCGUACCUCGCCGUACGAAGAACCCUCAUAUAAAUUAGGUUUUACAUGUUAUAAUCUGACUUAGUUAUGUAUACCGGGACAAUGCUUAAGGUAUGCCUGCGGAAAGCUCUCUGGCCGACUGUACAGAAGUUACCGUCGGGACUGAGGCAGUCUCCAGCAGCGGCGGUUGUGGCGCUGAGACUCCCGGGGACAACGCGACACUCGCCGUGCUGCUGGAUGGGAACACAUGGGAGAAACGAGCCCAGGGAGACACUCAACUCUCCCAAAAGGGCCAAAGAGUUUAUUUAUCGCCUACACCCGAAUGAGAGGACGUGUUUACUGCAGGAGCUUCAGAUUUUCGAGUCCAAAGCAAUCGCUCAAGAGACUCUGGAGCCGUCGCCACCGACUGCAACCCAGAUCAGAUAUGUUUUAUUCCACAACGCCGUCCCCUUCAUCGGGUUUGGUUUCCUGGAUAACGCCAUCAUGAUUGCAGCAGGGACGCAGAUUGAACUCUCCAUCGGAGUCACUCUGGGGAUCUCCACCAUGGCUGCCGCUGCUCUGGGGAACCUGGUUUCAGAUCUGGCAGGUCUUGGUCUGGCAGGUUAUGUGGAGGCUCUGGCUUCCAGACUGGGGAUGCAGGUUCCUGAUCUGACACCCAAGCAGGCGGAUAUGUGGCAGACCAGGCUCAGCUCUCACAUGGGGAAAGCCAUCGGCAUCACCAUCGGCUGUAUUUUGGGAAUGUUCCCGCUGCUUUUCCUGAGCGAUGACGAUGAGGAGGAGGAGAAGAAGAACGGGGCAGAAGCACAGUGAUGCAGCAUCACACUCCUAAUAAUCCACCACAUCUCUAACUGGAUUCUGCUUCAUGUCCACAUUACAAAGGAGUAUUUAACAAUAGAUUCCCUGUCAGGCGACUCAGGUGGCUUUCACAAUCUGGCUCCUAUUGAAUACAAACACAGCAGUAUUAUGGAAUAAUUCUUUUUGAUUCUUGCCAUUUAUUGAUUUAGUUUGGAUCGCAUUUAUUUAUGCUCAGGAAAAAUCGGUCUGCAUCAUGAGAUCCUGCUCCUCAUUGAUUUUUCUAUCAGCUCCUUCAAGAUGGAUUGUUGGCAUUCAAAGAAACACUAAAGCAAUUUUUAGUUCCCUCACUCCCCAGAGUCUGUUACCUUAAAACAUCUUAUUUUAACGCAACAUGUUUAUCAUGAAAAUGAUUCAAUCCUAGUUGUUUGAUCACAGUGUACCUUCUUUAACGAUUCUGAAAAUUCCUGUCUUCAUUUGAUUGUUUUCAUUUUAAAAUGAAUCAGAUAAAAGCUAAUGAUGUCAUGAUGACCGUUAGGAGACUAGAUUGCAGUUUUUAUUUUCAUCACAUCAGUUACAGAACUUGAUUCAGCUGAUUUCUGUAAAGGAGAACCAUAACAUCCUUUUCAAUUUAUUUAAAAAAAAAGGAACUAGGUGGAACUAAAUAGAUUUUCUAGUUCGGUUUUUGAUAACUGGUUUAGUUGCUGAACAACUCUAGAGGUUGUCUGGUGUGGUUAGCCUUUUUUCUGCAUAGCCCUGACUUGCACAAAGUUGCUCAACUUUCUGCAAGAACUUGACAUUCUUGACAAAAGCAACCAGAAAAGUCAAUGAAUGAGAAGCUUGUUAACACUAAUCCAUCUGGUGCCUUCACUUUAAGUUAUGGUGUAUAUUAGAGAUUGAGUAAAAUAUAGGCACAAUUUAAUACAAACUAUAUAUAUAUGAUUUAAGUACUUUUAGUUAAACCAGUAAAGCUGCAACUAUUUCUAUUUCAGAUAUGAUUAUAUUAAAGUUGUAUUUGUUUUUCUUAUUGGUAUUUUGAUUUUGGUGCAUGAGUAUAAGGAAAUAAUAGAUAUAUAGUCGUGUUACAAUGUUGUGCAGGAAGGUUUACCUUUUUGUUAUUCCACUUUCUAUUGACUGACUCUAAGAACAAGCUGAUUUUAGCUGAUUCAUUAUUCGAGCUCACUAGCCUGCAGUCAGCUGCUUACCAGUUAUGCUACUUGGAGUUUUACAACGGUCUUAUUACAUCAGAUGUAGGACUGAUUUAGUUUUGGGUUGAGACCUUUUUUGUUGUUUUCAUGACUGGACAUUCUUCCAAGCAGAUUUCAGGGUUUCUUCAGUCAGGUAACUAGUGAGAAGCAACAAGUGGAGGAGGGGCAGUGUUUUGUAACUUUACUUUUGCGUCAUACAAACGGGGAAAAACUGGUCAUUCUUUCUAUGCGUUUGGCAUCUCUUUAUCAUGACUUUAGGAUUUAGAGAUAGAUUUGAAAAUGUAACUUUUUUUAAAAAAAACAAUUCAUAAAUAAUCAUAACAAUAACCAGCGCAUGUCUGCUGAAUGUAUGCAUCCCCAAUAAUAAGGAGAGCGCAGGCGAUUUAUUUCUCUUGUCCAGUUCCCAGUAUGACAUUGAUGUUACGCAGUGAGAUGAUCUGAUUUUAUACUUAUAAGAAAUAAAAGAAUCCAAGCAGGGAAUAUUCUCUUGCUUUUCUUGAUUAAGCCUUUCUCUUUAAGUUUAACUUUUUUGUAAAAAUUAUUAUUAAUCAAGUGUUUGUCGCUCGAAAAGCACAAAAGCCUUCUGUGAAAGCCGCCUGAGUAGAAGCACUCACCUGGAACUGAGUCUUCCUUUUUCCAAUUAUUCCCCACAAAGGGAGGAUCCGCAGCUAGAUGUCGCAUGGACUGAAACCGGUCAGUUCUCAUUGUCAGUAGGUGCCGACUGAAAGCAACAGAUUAACCCAUUUUCAUAUUUAUCAUUUUAUUUGUCAGCUCAACUAUUAUGACCUUUUUUCCACUCCAAAUAACUAAAUAUAACGGCACAUUUACAUAAUUUAUUUUUGCCAUGAAUAGACACUUUAUACUUUUGGAAAACUUCAUCUCAAACACUAUUUAUUUGUAAAGAUGAUAAUCAAUAGUCACUGCAGAUGAAUAUGAAAAGUCUUGUGCAACUCGAACCUUUGACAAAAUAAAAAAGAUGAAACAGAUAUAAUGUCUGCUACCUCGAGGAGUAAUGUUGUCGUUUCUGCAUGAAGAGCUGAUGUAGCUGCGUGUUCCUAUUUAUGUCAGGUAUGUUUUACUUCUCAGUUUGAUAAGAAAGGAUCCUUGGAGGUUUUCUAUGGCUUCAUAUUAGGAAACAUUGAGUGGUAGGACACACUAAUUAGAAACUGAUUUUUUUUUUUCUUCUUGUUUUUAAGGUUGUUCUGUAUCAGCUUGUUUUCUUUUGUGUUCGGCUCCUUUCUCUCCUACAUGCGCUCAACUUGAGUCCCACCAUCUAUGUAUUUUAGUUCUUUGGAAGUGAUUACUGAGGAAGCUCCAGAUGGUUGAGAUUUUUAUUUCCGAAAACAUUUAUGCAAUGAAAAAAAAAAAAAAACAAGAAAACGGCGCAGACAUUUUUGCAUCACCCCCUUUUUGUUUCUGUCUGUUUUCUUGAUGUCUUGUACAACAACACAUCAGCAGAACUUCAAGGUGCUAAUAGUCAAAACUGCAAAAAUGUUUUUCGUUCUUUGUUUUUUUUGUUCAGGCUUUUUAUAUGUUUAAGAUGUUAGGAAUGAUGCCUGGAUUUCAAACUACAUAUGCAGGUGUAUUUCAGUUAAUUAGAAUAUCAUUGAAUUUAUUUCAGUAAUUCCAUCGGUUCUUGUUUUUUUUUUUUUUCUAUGAUUUUAUGUUACAGUUAAUGAAACCCCAAAGUUAAUUAAGUUUCAACAUUGCAUAAGGACAAUAUGAUUAAGGAUAAGUAAGGAUUUUUAGUGCAGUAAUCCCAGCCUUUUGAAAAGCAUACCUAUAUGCUGAAUUGUAUAUCUUAAUGCUUGGUCAAAGACCAUUUUGCAUAAAUUACUGCAAUAAUAUAACUUGUUGGAUUAAAGGAAAUAAUUGAGGCACUACUGAGGUGUUAAGGAAGCCAAGGUUUCUUUAAUGGUAGCUUUUUGAUGUGAUUUUUGUUGAUAGAUUUGGUGUCUGUUUUUCCUUCCAUCAAAUUUCACAUUGAGAUAUUUUGAAUAGCCAGCUUCUUUAGCAAUGACCUCCUGUGACCUAUCCUACUUGUGGAAAAAAAAAAAUAUUGAAUACUCGAUUGGACAGGUGUCAACUGAAUCUUCCCUGUGAUUGUGUCAAGAAUGUAACAUUUCUGUUUUAAAAACUCAUUUUUUUUAAAAGAACAGAAUUAAUUUAAUUUGUCUGAGAAACAAAUUUGGAGGUUUCAUCAGGUGAGAGCCAAACUAAUCAUAGCUUUAAUAGCUCAUAAACCUUUUUGAUGUUCUGAUUUAUUGAAAUGCUCCUGAAAGAAAAAUCACAUGUAGGAGACGUAAGUGGAGAAAAUUCUUAAACUAAUGUAGUUGAUUGUGAAAUAGUUGGUGUGAACUCUUUAAUUUAUGCAGAUGUUUUUUUUCCUCCUUUUUUCUGGUGAUGCAGGCAUGCAACAAUAGCUCCAGCUUAAGUUAUUGUUACAGAUUUACAAUUAUUGAUUCUGUUCUGACCUGCAGAGAAUCUGAAUUGAUUAAAACUUUGGAUUGUAAUUAGAAAAUCAAUGAUAUGAGCCUUAGAAUUCAGAGCAUAUCUAGUUCAGAGACAUUUAAAAAUCUGCUUGACUGUUUUGUGAGGAGCUGAGAGGCAUCUUAAAUUGAUCCACUGGAUCACACAUUCCUCAAUGUUUAUCUGUUCUGUUAGGCUCAGCUAGCAUUUAAUAUAUAUUUUAUCUUAUCCAACAAAAGUAGAAUCUUACCAAAACUCAAAUAUGUUAUUUGUAAUUUUAUCUACUUUAUUGAACAUAUUAUGUAUUAUUAGUGAUGAGCACAAAUUAUGUGACUAAAGUAAAGACUUCAGAGCUAAAAGAAACUGAUCUGAACUUACUGAGCAUGAAUACAGCUGCAGGAGUUAAAACAAGGAGGGAGAUUACUUUGUUUCCUGCCUGCCUUGUUCAGAGGAAGAUUUGUUGUGAAGGAUUAUGAACAAUUUAUCGUUUGUUCAGGUUAUGCAUUAAAUUGUUAGAAGUUGGGACUAAAAUAAGUGGUGUGCCGUUUGUCAGCAUGAGAAACCUGAUUUGUUUCCCUUUGCAUCAAGUUUACAUUAUGCUUGUUUUUUUUAAGAAUUAAUAUAAAUACAAUAUUUGCUUGAUUUAAAUAAAAAAAAAAUGUUUGAAUUAUGAGUAUUCUUUUGUCAAAGGAAUGCAAUGUGCUGCCAUCUUGUGGUCAGUCUGAAACCGCAGCUGCCACACAAAACAUGUUUGUACUAUAGAAGCUGUUCUGUCUACACAUACAGUGAUUUUGCAGAAUUGUGUGCAACAAAGUAAUAUAAUAAAUGAGAAUGUUU